AUGACGACCGUCAUUCGCACCCGUCACCCGUUGCAAGUCAUUAGCAUGAGCAACGAGCAGCCAGAGAGAAGGAAAAGCAAGCGUCUUGCGGCUUCAUCGGUUUACGACGAGCAGGAUGGCGACUUCCACUUCACGCGCGGAUCCAAAUCGAAGCGAGUUAAGAACGCAGAACCCGAGCCAGAGCCCGAACCGGAAAUUGAAACUGAACCCGCGCCACUACCCCCGAAAAAGUCUGGAAGAGGAAGGCCAGCAAAAGGACGCGCUUCGGCGACAGCGAAGGCGCCCGAGCCCUCAUCACCAGUAGCUGCGCCAAAGGCAGCAACAUCAUCAAAGCCGCGAACGCGACGGACAGCGAGCACGCAGCCGGCGGAGGACGACGAGCUACAACUGCUUCCGCCUAAGCGCACGACGAGCCGAAGCACGCGCAGCUCGACUGGGAAAACAGAAAAGGCAAAGCCUGUCAGGAAACCAGCACCGGAACCAGUCCCGGAGGAGGAGGAAGAGCACGAUGAAGUUGACAGCGCGACACCGAGGGAGCCGGAGCCGGAUAGGCGGCGGACGCCACGCGCCAUUGAGGAACCAGUCGAGUCUGCAAAAAUCACGCUUCCCGUCAGUGACACGCCAGUUAUCAAUCGCAACAAGGAAAUGAGGAAAAAGGGCGGAGGGAAUCGUCGGAGCAGCACGGGUAUGCGCGGCCGGAGAGCAAGUUCGCUGAUUGAGAGUGGGCAUAACGCGAUACCCCACCGAGAGGUUGAAACUGCAGAAUUUUACAAGCACAUUGAGUCGGAGGGUCUCAUGGAACCAAGACGGAUGAAGCAGCUUUUGACGUGGUGUGGCGAACGAGCAUUACUGCAAAAACCGCCCCAUGGCCAGACAGAUUCCAAUACUGUUUUGGGUGCUCGCUAUAUUCAGGAACAGCUCUUGAAGGACUUUUCUACAAAGUCAGAAUUUUCAGACUGGUUCAGCCGAGAAGAACAGGGGCCAAAGAAGCCUGUAGUCUACCUCCCAAACCCGCGUAAUCUUGAACAUCAAGAGAAAAUCGAGCAACUGGAACAAAAAGUCAAAAGAUUAAAACUAGAAAAGAAGAAAUGGCUGGCGCUCAACAAACCGCGCCCGGAUAUCCCGCCACUCUUCUCAGAAACAGACACAGCACAAACAGCAACAGCGGCCGACACAUCCAUCCUCGAGCCGAAUGAGGCAGAAAUGUUGAGCUGGCUCACCGACCCGGCAUCCUCCUUUGAAAAUGUCCGCGCCAAGACGCUCGCCCGCCUACAAAAUACGCAGUCGACACUGGAGUUUAAGGUGGACCAGCUCGCGGACGGCAUACACAAGCUCUCCCAACGCGUCGACACGGCGGGCCGAGAGGCGGAUAAGGUCCUCUCUCUCAGCGCCGCGCGGCUCAAGGAGCGGGAGGUGAGGGAAAAGGCCAACGCGGGCACCAAGGAGAUGCCCGUCAUGGAGGUGCUCCGCAGCCUGGGGAGGAUAUUACCAGAGGGCGGGGAAUAA